AUGCCUACUAGGGUGUGGCGACUUCACUACGAAAUACACGCUUAUAAAAUAUAUGAAGCAGUAGUACGCGGGCUUAUUCACUAUACAACUAAUAGAGCAUCGACCUACUUUCUAUGCGGCGAAUGCGGCCUAACUAAAAGGGGACUUACAUCACAUACGUCAUUAAGGCACAAGCGAGCUGGCCAUUUUAACCAACCCUUCGCUUAUCCAGAGUAUAAGCGGAUUUAA